CUGCAGUAUAAGAAAGAGCUCAUUGUUGCGGGGAUGGACGAUGGCCCCACCAAGACCCUCAGCAUCGCCAGUCGACUGGAGAAGCUACGCGCGCACCAGAAAGCAUGGAGUGAACUAAAGUGGACAGAGGAAACUUGGGUGUCCGUGGUACUGUCAAGGCACUGGGAGCUGUACGCUGGAGUCUGGUCAGCGGGAAGAGCGAACCAUCGGGGAAUGGGUUUCAUGCAGCUGCCCUCGCGUCUCCGCGACAUCCCCAUGAGACAGUGGGACAUAACAGACAUAGGCUUCCUGAUCCGUGACUUCACCCUGGACCCGUCGCAGAACCUACUCGUCCUGAUUGAGAUGCCUACGCCUGAUCCGCAUGGCGACUUCCCGCCUUGCCGCAUACACCUGCGCACAAUGGAUACCGGCCUACCUCAUCCUUUGGCGCAUUCUCCCCUCCUGCUGCAUAAACCGUAUCUUUUCGAUUCUGCAUGGCGGUACAUCAUUCAGGUGACGGACGUGCACCUCGGCGUCAUGUUCAGGUGCCCAGAAGGGGAAGAAGGGACUGAACACGAACUUGUCGUCUGGAACUGGCGAAGCGGUGAAAUUAAGAUGACACGACCCGGAAUCGAGAUGGAAUCGUUCGCGUUCCUCACAGACAAACUGAUAAUGAUUAGCAUGCUUACGUUCCGUCAAGACCUGCCGACCAUCGUCUGCCUGAAGCCAGUCCUCUGCAUCACUGACUUCACCCGAUACAGCUCGAGCUACCGCGGCGACGCGGGGCGUCAUUCCUGCGAGCUCGGACUACCCGAGCUAAUCCCGGGCGUAUUUCCGAGCAACAUGCUCAUUCGAGCCGACCCAGGACCGUCAUACAGCCCUGAUGAGGCCUGCGAAGUGCCCUUCCACGUCGGCAGCCAGAACAGAAUCUUUGUCGUGACUUUUACCGCUUCCAGCCGGCGCGUGCACGCGCCUGUGACGCUCUUCAUCCCCCUCCAGACGCUCCUCGACAAGUACGAGGCCGGCGGCACCGAGAUCGAGUGGGAGCAGUGGGGGCCGGCAGGCACGCGCAUCCUCGGCUCACUGCGGACGUCGCCAAACUGGGUGUGCUACGUCUAUGGCUCGAAGUUCGUGCACCGC